AUGGACGUACUCAAAGCUGUCCAGACGUACAUAUCCAAGAUGGUGUCCGAAGCCUCCGGGAUGAAAGUCUUACUACUCGAUGCUCACACCACACCAAUCGUUUCUUUGGUCACUACCCAGUCCGAGCUUUUAGCACACGAGGUGUAUUUGACGGAUAGGAUCGAUAAUACCGCAAGAGAACCUUUGAACCAUCUCUCUUGCAUUGCUUUUCUAUCCCCUACAGAUGAUACGAUCCAAGCUGUCAAGGCUGAGUUGGCCAAACCGAGAUAUGGAGGUUAUUGGCUUUACUUCUCCAACGCACUGUCAAAGAGCCAGAUCGAGGAGAUGGCCAUGGUCGAUGAGUUCGAGGUGGUGAAAGAAGUUCAAGAAUACUUUGCGGACUACCUUGCUCAAUAUCCCUCUCAUUUCACCCUCACGCCCGCCGCAUUGGCAGACGGAGGUGAUGGACCACCCAAUCCACCUCUUUAUCUCCCUUCUCCACUACAUCUCCCCCCUCCUGUCUUAUCCAAUCAUCUACGAGCCAUCCUUGCCGUUUUUCUUAGUCUGAAGAAACGUCCUGUGAUCAGGUGGGAAAGAAUGUCUCAAGCAGGUCGUAAAUUAGCUGUGGAAUUACAGGCGACGAUGCAGCAAUCACCAUAUAGAGAAUUGUUCGAUUUCCGACCCACUGCGGGUCCUGCCCCUUUAUUGUUGGUAUUAGAUAGAAGAAAUGACCCUGUUACGCCUUUAUUGAGUCAAUGGACAUAUCAAGCUAUGGUUCAUGAACUCAUAGGGAUCACCAACGGUCGGGUACGGAUAGAACAAGAAGAGCAAUUGGAGCUUCGGGAUCUCGUCUUAUCUACAUCUUCUGACCCAUUCUUCUCUCAAAACCUUUUCGCUAAUUUUGGUGAUCUCGGAGCUGCCAUCGCCUCUUACGUUUCAGAUUAUCAAACUCGGAAUUCAUCCAUUGCUCCUGGUUCAUCUCGUAUCGAGACUAUUGCGGACAUGAAAAGAUUCGUUGAGGAUUAUCCUGAGUUUCGUCGAUUAGGGGGAAAUGUCACCAAACAUGUGACUUUGGUAGGCGAACUUAGUCGGUUGGUCGAGAGGGAUGAUUUGUUGGUUGUUUCUGAGGUGGAACAGAGUUUAGCUAGUCAGGAGAGUCAUCAGGCAGAUUUGAAAAGCGUCAUAACACUCAUAUCAUCAACAAAAGUCCCUCCUGCCAACAAAGUCCGUCUCGCCAUUCUGUACGCAUUGCGGUAUCAAAAACUCGUAGGGAACCAAAUCACCCAGGUCGUCGAUGCUUUGAUCCGUUGCGGGGUCUCAGCCGAUAGAGCAAGAUUGGUCUAUGUCAUGCUGAACUUCGCUGGCGCCGAUGUGAGACAGGAUGAUUUAUUCAUGAAUGAGAAUUUCUUCUCGAGAGGGAAGUCUGCGUUCAAGGGAUUGAAGGGAGUUGAGAAUGUCUAUACACAACACACCCCUCACUUGAGUCAAACUUUGGACUUGUUACUAAAAGGUCGACUAAAAGAGACAUCAUAUCCGUUUUUGGAAGGUGACGAAGGUGCACGAACUCAACGUCCGCAAGAUAUCAUCGUGUUCAUGCUGGGAGGGACGACCUAUGAAGAAGGUAGGGCUGUGGCUUUGCUCAAUCAACGUUUGGCUGGUGAAGCUGGUGGACCGGGAGGAACGAGGAUUUUGUUAGGAGGCAGUACGGUUCAUAAUUCCACUUCCUUCCUGAACAUGGUAGAAACAGCAGCUGAGAAUUACCCUCCAUCAAUAUACAACCCCCCUCUUUCCUCCGGUACACAAGCAUCAUCCUCUAAUCUCUCCCUCAUCAACCCUGGUUCCGCCUCUCCUACCCCUUCCGGGCCUCAAACGGCCGCUCCGGCGUUUAACCUUCGUGCGGGGGGCUACGAGUUCAACGUCGGGGGAGUAGGAGGAUCAGGAUUGUAUCGCAGCACUCAGAAUGACCUAGGGGCUAGUUUCCAAAUUGGUCAAAUACCUCAAGUGGCGGAGGGUAUCAAAGAUGGUGCUGGGAGAUUAUGGGGGACAGUGAGACAAAAAGUUGAGGAGAGGGUGAGCAGAAGUGCAACACCACAAUCUGGUAGAUGAUAACACAAGUGAUAUUUGUAUGACAAUGAUAUAUGAUUUGAUGAGGG